GCCAAGGAUGGAGCCGCUUGUCAGCAUGUGAAACUUUUCAAUCCGAAUGUUUUCUCGAGUCUCAGCUGUGUGGCAUGGAGUGCACUUCCUCAGGCUACACCCACGACACUGGUACUUAAGCUGGCUCUCCCCCCUUCCAUCCUUUUCAUCAGCCUGCUACAAGCAACUCAACAAAACACGACGCCUUUCCACAGGAAACCAGUAGGUUGUUGGACACAACAGAGUGGACACCCACUUGUGAAGAACCAUGUCCGUGGAGACUUUAGCCACAUUCUGCCUUCUUCUACUCAUAAUCUCAUCGACAGUGGCCCAGGAUUGCCCCCAACCUUGUGCCUGCCCUGCAGACCACCCUCCCUGCCCAGUAGGAACCAGCUUGGUGCUGGAUGGAUGUGGUUGCUGUAAAGUGUGUGCCAGGCAGUUUGGCGAGCCCUGCACCUCGUUGGAGCCCUGUGACCACCACAAGGAGCUCUACUGUGACUACGCACUGCUGAGUGACACUGACACUGGCAUCUGCAUGGCUCAAGAUGGUCAACCAUGUGAUCUGGGUGGCGUCAUCUACCACAGUGGAGAGUCCUUCCAACCCAGCUGUAAACACCAAUGCGUAUGCAUGAACGGCGAGAUUGGUUGCGUGGCCACAUGUCCCAGUAAGGUCCGGGUGCCCUCCCCUGAUUGUCCAUACCCUCGCUCCAUCCAAAUUCCAGGAAAGUGCUGUGAAGAGUGGGUGUGUGACCAUACGCCACAAGACUACCACUACCAGUCAGUGAUGGGCGAGCCUUCUCAGGUCCAUCCUCUACCCUCCUUACAGCCAAUCUCAGGCAUCACUGAAGUGUCCCUUCCUGCGCUACAAACGGAGAGUCCCAGAGAUAACUGUAUAGUCCAAACAACGGAGUGGAGUGAGUGCUCUGCCACAUGUGGCAUGGGGGUGUCAUCCCGCAUCACCAACGAUAACCAUCGCUGUCAGCUGGAAAGACAGACCAGAAUAUGUAUAAUCAGAACCUGCAACAGCCAGCAGGAGAAAGAAAUUAAGAGGGGUAAAAAAUGUGUGCGCACACCGAAGACACAAACAGGGAUGCGGUUCGAACUGUCAGGAUGCUACACCACCAGAACAUACAAACCAAAGUUCUGCGGUGUUUGUACGGACAACCGAUGCUGCUCACCACACACCACCAUCACUGCCGAGGUGAAGUUCCGAUGCCCGGAGGGAGACGUCUUUAAGAAAAAAAUGAUGUUUAUAAAGACUUGCUCCUGCCACUAUGACUGCCCACGACCCAACGACAUCUUUCUUGCGUCCAACACGCGGAGGAUGAUCGGAGACUACGACCACAGUAUGUGAUACUGGUCCUGAAAAGCUUUUGCACUCAUGUUUCUUUUUGCCUCAACCUGACUCAACUAAAAUGUAAUCUUAAAGUAGCAUAAAUCAUAAUAAUUCCUUUGAGAUGAUACUCUAAAAAGUACAAUAUUCAACAGAGGACAAUACAGCUGGAAGACCUUUUUAUGACACAGAUUGUAGUGUGGAAGGCAGAAGCUAAAUAGAUGAGAAUUUAGCACACAUCGCCUUAAUAAGUGAAUCUGACAAGGGUUAGCACUGACUUCUAAGCCCCUCGGAAUCUUAAUUCUGCUCAGUGGCAUUGUGGUUACAUUGUCAGCCCUGAGAUCGGUAGGUCGGGAGUUCAAAGCCCGACCGAGUCAUACCAAAGACUAUAAAAAUGGGACCCGUUACCUCCCUGCUUGGCACUCAGCAUCAAGGAUUGGAAUUGGGGGUUAAAUCCCGAGCGCGGCCACCACUUCUGCUCACUGCUCCCCUCACCUCCCAGGGGGUGGGACCAGGGGAUGGGUCAAAUGCAGAGAGUAGUUUCACCACACGUAGUGUGUGUGUGACUAUCGGUGGUACUUUUACUUAACUUUAUACAUGUAGUGGUACCUCGGUUUACGAGUUAAGGUCAAAUCAACAUUUGCCAUUUAAAUGAAUUAAAACACCACUCUUUUAAAAUGUAACAUGCUUUUAAAUAUGAAAAACGGACUUCUAGAUAACAAAUUAUAUCACAAACAAUACAAUAGACUGUCCUACAAACAAUUACAGUAGUUUUAUUAAGUAAUGUAAUAAUAAUGUACAGCAUUUGCCCUGGAGAGUUGAGUUCUAUUAUCUUCUGCAAGCUAGUCCAUCAAAGGCACCAACAGCUUCUUAAUAUUCUCAUGUUUAAAUGUCGUUUAGAAAUUAUUGUACCGCCCUUGACUCACAUUAUUGAAACCUUUUAUCGACUUCCUCUGCACAAUUUUCAGAAGGGUGCUUCACCAAGUCGGCCACAGGCAAACCUCGAACAAUGUUUUUGUGAUGUUUUGUCAGAAGAAUCAGGAUUCUGACUUAUUACGAUUCGGAACCUAUUCAAAAUGAAAGAAGGUUGUUUUUUUUAGGGCAUCUUUGG